GUAGGCAUUUAUCUUUGUCGCGAAGGAAGCCGCGAUCCAGUAGCUCGCUAUCUCCCCGCCGCACGCCGAUCGAUCGAUCACCCAGCGAACCAAGCGAGUCGGAGAAGGCUACCCUUGACGGAGAGCAAGGUCUUGUCGCAAGCUGCUCCUCGGUCGGCCUUUCUUCCUUCCCUCCUACACCUCACUCCCGUCAACCUACCCACACCUCCCGUCUUCCUAUCUACAUCCUACAAACCGCGCAUAACCAUCAGUAUGUCGGCGAACCAGUACUACCAGCAAGGCGGCCCGCAGUACCCGCCGCAAAGCUACGGCGCUCCUCCACAGCAGUACGGCGGCCCGCCACCAGGCCAGCAGAUGUACUACGGCCCGCCGCAGGGCCAGCAGAUGCAGUACCAGCAGGGCCCGCCGCCGAAGCAGAAGAAGGACCGUGGGUGUUUGGGCGCUUG